CACACACUCACACACACGCAGCACUACCAGAUAGAUUUUUUUCACGCACCACACACCUUUUCACACACAGAGCACUGCACAGUGCACCUCCAAACCACACACGGAAAUUUCUUUCAACAGCUUUCUGAAUUUGUGAAUUGUUUCUUUUCUUCCCCCUCCCCCUCUUUGAAUCCCGCUUCUUUGAUCCCUUUCUGUUAAUUGUCUGUCUUUCGAAAAAGAAAAGAAGUUUUUGAAUGCUGGGUUUGUAAUUUGGUUUUGACAGGAUUGAAAAUUUGAGGCAAACUUAAGACUUCCAGGAUUUUUUUUUUUCUCCAAGAAAGUCAGGUGUUUUUCAGACUGAGAUCUCUUCUGUUUUAUGUUGUAGUAAAUCUUCAGGUUUUCUUUUGUUUUUGUGUAGAUUUUUUUUUUCUUUUCUCUGAUCUAUUGAGGGCUUUAUUUGUUGUCCCUCACUAACUCAGAAAGGCUGAAUUUUUAAGCCUGAAGGAUACUUACAAAGAGGUUGUCUAUUUGUAUACCUCUUUAGAUCCUAUCAUUUUCUUUUUGUGUAAAUCUUAUUUUGUAGAAAAAAAAAUCACCCUGUUCUUUAAUUUUAAUAAGAAACAGGCUGAUCUUUUUUUAUUAAUCACAUUUUUUCUGUGAAUUUUAUUGUUAGUAACUAAAGAAUCAUGGCAGCUACAAUGGAUUUCUGGAAUAGUAGUAGCACUACUCUAGAUCUUCAUCAUCAGUUAGACCCUUUUCAGGGUAGUGAAUUAAUGGAAGCACUUGAGCCUUUUAUGAAAUCUGGUGCUUCUUCUCCUUCUUCAUCUUACCUUAGCCCUUUCUCUGCUUCUUCUAAUUCUCCCUCCAAUGAACAACACUUUUGUUCUUCUUCUUCUUCUUUCUCAACCAUCCCUUCUUGUUCUACAUCUCCUUCUUCCUCUGCUUUCCCUUGCAUCCCUUCUUCUUCUUCUUCUUCUUCUUCUUCUUCCUAUCCCCACCAGUUCAAUCUUGAAAGUUGUUACCCAGUCCAGAAUUUAUAUGGGCUUGAACAACCCGGAUCUAUUGGUCUCAACCACCUUACCCCAUCACAGAUCCAUGACAUCCAAGCUCAAAUCAGCCUCCAGAACCAAAAUCAGCAGCAUAUGAUCUCCGGCCCGUAUCACAGCCAGUGGCCCAUUGCAGCACAUCAGAGUAGUCAGACCCAUCUGGCUCACCAUUUCUUGGCUCCCAGACCCGUUCCGAUGAAGCAAUCGGGUUCGCCUCCGAAGCCCACGAAGCUCUACAGGGGAGUGAGGCAGCGUCACUGGGGUAAAUGGGUCGCCGAGAUCCGUUUGCCCAAGAACCGGACUAGGCUCUGGCUUGGUACCUUUGACACCGCCGAGGAGGCGGCCCUGGCUUACGACAAGGCGGCGUUCAAGCUGAGAGGCGAUUACGCCCGGCUGAACUUCCCUCACCUUCGUCACAACGGGUCGCUCAUCGGCGGUGACUUCGGCGAAUACAAGCCUUUGCAUUCCUCCGUCGACGCUAAACUUCAAGCCAUCUGCCAGAGUUUGGCCGAAGGGAAGAGCAUCGAUUGCAAGAAAUCCAGGGUGUCCAAGAAGAAGGCCGCCGCCCCCGCUGAAGCGGAAGAGCAGAAAGAAGUCGUCAAAUCUCCGGAAGCCGGGUCGGAAAGCGAUGCCGGGUCGGGGCAUGGAUCCGACGGCUCCUCCCCUUCAUCGGAUCUGACCGUUCCUGACUUCACUGAAGACGAGACAACAUCUUGGGAAGUGUAUUCGGAGAAUCCCAUGUUGCAGAAAUAUCCAUCGUAUGAGAUUGAUUGGGCAGCUUUAUAACCAGAGUUUUUUCAGUCUAGUCUUAGCUUAUCAAGUAUUAUUAUUAUUUCUGAGAAAAAGGAAAAAAAAAAGGUUGUAAUAUGUAGUUUGUGAAGGUUGUAGAGUUCUUUUCUUUUCUUUUUUUUUUUUUUGGGGGGUGUUAAGUAGUCAAGAGGAUUGAAGCUACUCUGCAAUGGAGUUUUUGGAGAUUGCAGGGAGGGUCCUCAUUGUUUAAUUGGUUUAUCACCAUUUGGGGUUUUUUUGGUGGUAAAAUUAAUGAUAGCUAAUUAGGUUUAAGAUUAGUAGAGCUAGUAAUGGUGUCUUAUCAUCCAAAUUUGGGCAGCUUGUUUUUGUCUAGGCUGCACCCAAGGAUUGGUACUUUUCUUUAUCAAUCGAUGUAAUCUUAUUUUUGUUGGUGUCAAUAUAUAUUAUUAUUAUUAUUAUUAUUAGCUAAUGUUAAAUCUUCUUCACAAAAUAUAUUUUUGUUCUCCGCCAGUGAUUUCUUUCAAUAUAAUGUGUAGCCUGGUCUAAAUGUAGUUUGCUGCUUGCUCCUUUUUCCUUCUUACUAAUCAUAAGUAAACACCAAAAGCGGUUCUAACUUCAGAUUAAACAUUUAAAGCAAAUAUAUAGCUUCCAAUGUACCAACUUGUUCAUACAUAAUAAUAAAAUGCUCUUUUUUUAUUGCAUGUACGCAAAUUGAUUCAUAAGAUGACCUUGAUGAUUAGGACCAUUCCAAAAACAUAAUGAAUUUUUAGUUUUGUG